CUCCCCUCCUGGCAACCGCAGGAUGUUUGCAUUUCUAGCUUUUUAGUAGUCCUCUCACCUGUCAAACAAUUUUCCCAAGGUCCUUGUCCGGCGUCUCACACGAACGCCGUCCCAUCUGACCAUCAACUAAGCAGCGUGCCCUGUCCCAAACGUCACCAUGCACGGUCUCGAUGCUUCUGGGCGCCAGAUCUCGCUCUUGAAUGACGAUGAUGAUUUAUUGUGGAACACCAGCCGAUCUCACCCUUCUCAACCUGCACCAUCUUACUACUCGCAAAAAGCACUCCGGACCUCAACAACACCAAACACCCCCCAGCUACUCCGUUCAGACUCUUAUGACUCUGGGACAAGUCUUGAGCCAAUAUCUCCAAUGACGCCAAUGUACGAGCCAGCGAUGCGAUAUGCGCCGUCAAUAGGCACCGCCCGUUCCCCAUUCGACGAGCAGUUUCCAGAUGGUCUCAUCUUUGCCGGUAUGAAACGGAGGCCGAGCACUCUCAGUGACAGCCACCGCUCUCUCUCCUAUGAAGACGACUCCUCCGCGACAACUCCUACCAGUGAGCGAGCCGAGAAAGGGGGAAGGAGAUACCCCUGCCGCUUCCGGGACACCCACGGCUGCGACAAGACCUUCACUACGUCAGGUCACGCCUCACGGCAUUCCAAGAUCCACACGUCCGAGAAAUCCAUUCCCUGCUCUUUCCAGGGCUGCCUCAAGAAGUUCACGCGCACCGACAACAUGAAGCAGCACCUUGAGACCCACUACAAGGACAGAAUCAGGUCUUCCCGGCCUUCUCUUUCAGAACGCAGGUCAUCUUCUGCCUCCACGAAGUCAUCGGCGGGUCGAAGCAAGGCGGUGUCAGCGGCCUCAGCUACGACUGCGCCCUUACCUUGCCCCGUCAACGGCGUCUGGGAGCAGCCGCAGCCCGGCCGCCGCCCUAGUGCCGUGCAUUUGCCGGCCAGCGGGCUUGACGUCCUCGCCCUCGCGAUAGCAUGUCAGGAUGACGCAUAGGGCGCAUUUAAACAUCAUACUUUCUUAACACCGCUGUGUUGAUACACGGACUUAGCCUGGGGCUUUUCUUUCAGUUGGUUUUUCAGGGAGUCCAAACACUUAGGGCUUUUCUUCUCCACUCGGGCGGUAUUCUGGUCCAUUCCUUGCAGCA